AUGUCGAGCGGCGGAAGAGACGAGCUGUUGGUUCCGAAAUUUGGGUCUUUUAAAUCGAAAGAAGCACAAGAAACACCGAAGGAGCGAGAUGAAAGUCGGAGAAAAGAUUCGAGUCGCCACAAAACGAAGCGCUCUCAUCACGACGACAGGCAUGAGCGCCAUCGUCGAGACGGCAGCAGAGAGUCCAAACGACCAAGAGGGCGCCCUCCGUCCCAUGAGCGCGAACGCCGCACAUACAGGAAACCAGCCGAGGAAACCCCCAUCUCGCGCGCAUCAGGACCAGAGUUGUACAUAAUCGACACGAAGGGCGAUCCACUCAUACGACGGUAUGGAUCGCUGGAGAGGUCAAAGGUACCUGCCUACUAUCGCCAUGGCCGUGGGCGGGUAUUGGGAACUCGUGGUAGGCUGAUUAUCUAUCGCGAUGGCCCAAAUGAUUCUUUUGGUCUUCGUAUGCCUGGAGAGGGCCUGCCUCGGUACCGAGAUCGUGACGGGCUGCGCUCUAAACGGCCCAUGGCUCACUCACGACCUAUUGCACUGCGGAGGCGCCGGGUAGCGCCGGCAAGGGAAGAUGAGGACGACGAGGGAUUCUUGUCCCUGAAAAGCUCAAAACAGCAGAAACGAACAGAGGAUUCCUCUCAAGACGAGGGGCCCUCGUAUCGAUCGAUAGAGGGCAAGGCUAAACCUAAAGACUACGACAGUGACAUGGACUCGGAUUCGGAUAACUCCGAGGUGGAUAAUGUAGAGACGAGUAAACCUCUCCUGUGGAAGUCAAUACAGCUGAAUCGCCGCGUGAAGGAGAACCCGGAAGACAUAGACUCCUGGCUGGAGUUGGUCGAGCACCAAGACGAAUUGCUGCAGGCCAGUACCGCCGAAGGCACGGCUCCGGACAACGAGUCCCACAGUUACAGUGAGAUCAAGGUGUCCAUGCUCGAAAAGGCUCUCCAGAAUGCGCGGGACGCCGUGGACCGCGAGCGCAUCCUCGUGCCGCUGAUGCGCGAGGGUGCCAAGGUCUGGAGCAUCAAGGCAGCGGCCAAGAAAUGGGCGGAGCUGGGUACCCAGGCAGACUCCCACGCUCUCUGGCGGGUGCGUCUCGAGUUUGCCAUAACGAGCAUCACCGAGUUUGACUAUGCUGGCGUGAAGACGAUGCUCACCCAACGACUACACCAUGCCCUGUCGGAGGGCACGCGAGCCUAUCUGGAAGCGAUCGAGGUUUUUCUGCUGGCGACUAGAUUUAUGCACGACGCUGGCUACAGAGAGCUGGCGGUGGCGGCGUGGCAGGCGAUCCUGGAGCUGACAUAUUUCCGGCCAGAGGCCCAAACGGAGCACGAGCAUGUGCCCGACUCUUUUCAGGAGUUUUGGGAGAGCGAGGUGCCGCGGAUUGGGGAACCGGGCGCUAACGGAUGGAAGCACUACGUGGCGACGGGCGGACAGGAUGAACCGCCAGAGCCGCUGCCUGAUCCGUCUAUGCCGGCGGCGGCCCAGUCGAUAGAUGCGUUCAGGGCGUGGUCGCAGCUUGAGGUCGAGCAUGCCGAUGCUGCCAAGCUACCAGCGCGGACCAUGGAUGGCGACACAGAAGACGACCCGUUCCGAGUCGUGACAUAUACAGAUAUUGAGCCGUUCCUCUUCAUGAUGCCACUCCCUCUCGCGCCGAGCAUCAGCAGCUCGCUUUGGGAUGCGUUUCUCAUAUUUUGCGGCUUGCCGCCUGCGUCAUCCAGCGACUGGGCCAGAACACUGUACAAAGACCAGCUCCUCGCUCCUGUGGGAAGCAGCAUACCGGCCGUAAGCAUCGACGCCGCCACAGCACCGGAGCGGCAUGAGGACGAGUCCAUCGUGCGCCGCCCGCCGCUCUUCUACCGGCCGUACAGCGCUUUUUCCAUCUCGCCAAGGCUGCUGUUUCCAGGCAACGCGUGGUUUCGAUAUCUCCAGCUGCCGUCGUCAAACACCUUGGUCGAUGAUCGCUGGCUAGAGGCUACACUCGGGCAGCUCAUCUUUUCGGCCGGGUGCAAAGACCUGUCGGAAUAUUACCUGGCUGUUUCCUUUGCCCGGGACCCCUCGUCUGUGAAGAAGACGGCUAAGAAGCUGCUAAAGCAAAGCCCGGACAAUGCGUCCUUGUACAAUGCGUAUGCGCUCGUGGAGCAUGCAAGAGGGAGCAGCGAUGUAGCGGCCAAAGUCGUCGAAUCAGCACUCUCGUCUCCGUUGGGGCAGCUUUCGAAGCAGAGCAGCCGCUUUCGGCUACAGCACACGGCGGCCUGGAUGGCGCUGGAGAAUGGGGACAUGGUCUGCUCUAAACGAGCACUCUGUGGUGCAGGUACUUUAGAGAAAGAGGUAUCGUUUGCCGACGUACUCAAAGCUGGCUCCGCAUUUUCGGGGACUUUGUCCAAGUCAUUGUCCACGGGUGACGUCGAGUCGGCAGAGACGGCCGGUGAAUGCCUUGUUCUACACAGCUACUUGACCAACAGUGAGGCAUCCGAGCCCAUGUCGCUCUCACAAGGUAAUAUAUCUGCGGCCAUGCAGACGCUGGACUCUAUAAGCAGAGAACUCGCGGUACGUGGACACGGCAUCACGCCUUCCUGCGAGCGUCUUGUCCAGUCCGGCGCACACCUUUUAUAUCUCCACGCUACAAGAGGGCCACAUCGCAGGGGCUACAUUCGAGACCAGGCGCGCAAGCAUCUGCAGAGCUUCCCCUCCAACGCCAUCUUGUUGUCCGUCUUUGAGUGGUCCGACGCCGGCCUGCGUGUGGUGGAUGAGACGCGACAGCUGCUGCGGCAGCGGUCCUUGUCCGACGACUGCGUAGGCCGCCGGCUCUUUGCCGUCCAGCACGAGCUCCUCCGGGGCAACGCGCACACGGCGCGGGCGGCGUUCGAGCAGGCCGUGCGCAGCGACGCCGGCCGGGCGAGCGCUAUGCUGUGGGUUUGGUAUAUCCGGUUCACGCAUGCGCACAGCAGCAGCAAGGGCGCGGUGGAUGUGCUGUACCGCGCACUGCGCCACUGCCCCUGGGCCAAGACGGUGUUUCUGGAGGCGUUUGGGACGCUCGCGGGGGAUAUGGGAGCGGACGAGCUGCGGUCGGCGUACGGCAUGAUGACGGCAAAGGGCUUACGGGUGCACGUUGAGCUGAAUGAGAGUCGAGGCCGGGCUGACGAGGGUGGAAGAUAG